AUGGAGCACGCGUCGGCCCUUCGAAGCGACCUGGAGGAACUCGAAUCCCUGUUAAAAAUCGCGAAGAGGCCCGCCAAUAUACGUGUGCUGAUACAGUUGAUCGGUUUGCUUGGGAUCAAACUCCGACAUUCGGUUUACGUACACCUGGAAGGCCUGGCGGAACUUACCCCUGACGCCACAUGCGUGCGUUUCGAGGAAAAUAGCGCCGAGUUGGUGGUGCGGAAUCUGCGAGGGAGGAACUACAUUCUCAAGUUCAAUCCACUUUAUGCUCCUAUCGACACGCAGAAGUCUAACUUCUCCGUUAAACGCGACACCGCGACCAUCCGCCUGGCGAAAGGCGACAGCGAGAUGAAGAGAACAAUAGCAAAGGCGUGGACAGAGUCGCAGGAGAGGAAGUUGAAGGGCAUUCAGGCUGAGGACGGACUAUUUUAG